AUGAAUAUUUGGGAAUGGGUCGUGGGGUUCUUGUGCAUUUCCUCGUCGUACGAGGUGUGCACAUUGGGCUCGGCGAAUCCCACGGAGGAUGGAUUCAAAUAUUACAAAGUGGGCGUCCUGAUGGCGUCCCAAAUGAAUUACCCCUUCGAUCUGGAGCGAUGCGGCCCCGCAAUCGACAUGGCUCUGGCUGAAAUCAACAGGAAGUUCCUUUCGCAACACAAGAUCAAGUUGACCAAAGUUCAGAGCAGUUAUCCUACAUGCAGUGGAACCCUUGCUCCGGGACUAGCCGCUGAUAUGCACUUCCUAUCUGACGUUAUUGCAUUCGUAGGACCGGCAUGUUUGUUUGCUUUAGAGCCGGUGGCCAGAUUGUCCGCCUACUGGAAUAUUCCUAUCAUUACCGGAAUGGGAGAUCAGCCCCAAUCAGAAGGCCAAAUAUCAGUGACAUCCAGAAUGUUAAAACGCUACAACGUUAUGAAAGCUAAGAACACUACAGCAGGAAUAUUCGCAGAUAAAAGUAAAUAUCCGACUCUGACACGGAUGUCAUAUUGCCAAUGUCGACUAACCAAUGUAUUUGAAAGCAUUUUCAAGCAGUUUUCAUGGAAACAUAUCGCUUUAAUUUUCGAUAGAUCGGAUUUGUUUUCUCUCACAGUGGGAAAAGUCCUGGAACAUGGUUUAAGAAAAAGUUCUUUACUAACAUACGUAAAAGAUUUAGACGGCAGCGAGGAUGAAAAUAUUGUCGAUUAUUUGAAAGAUGCUAGUAUGUAUUCAAGAGUUAUUAUCUUGUGCGUACGAGGACCUCUAGUAAGGGAAUUUAUGUUGACCGCUCACAGUUUAGAUAUGACGAAUGGAGAUUACAUAUUCCUAGAUGUUGAAAUUUUCCAAGGUUCUUACUGGGGCGAUCACGAUUGGAAAAUCGGCGACGAAAACGACACGAACGCCAGAAAGGCUUACGAGGCUUUGUUAAAGGUAUCGUUACUUCAACCAACCAGUGAUAAAUUUCAAGAAUUCGCCGACAAAGUUAAACAAAAAUCGUAUGAAGAUUAUAACUAUACUAUUAGCGAAAACGAAGAGAUCAAUUUUGUAAUUGGUGCGUUUUACGAUGGCGUUUAUUUAUUGGGGAUGGCUCUAAACGAAACUCUACACGAUGGUAAUGAUAUUCGAGAUGGCAAAAGAAUAACAGAAAGAAUGUGGAAUAGGACUUUCUCCGGUAUCACUGGGCAAGUGCGAAUCGACAGCAACGGCGAUCGGGAUGCCGAUUACUCGAUAUUAGAUUUGAAUCCUUUGACUGGUAAAUUUGAUGUGGUUGGUCACUACAAAGGUUCGUCCAAAGAAUACAUUCCAGUUUCUUACAUACAUUGGCCAGGUAACAGGAUGGAGGCGCCUCCUGAUGUACCGAAAUGCGGAUUCAUGGGUAACGAUCCGAAAUGUAAACAUUUAGAGUAUUACGUAUUUAUUCACGGAAGUAUCGUUAUCGGCGCUAUAUUAGCAUUCUUUGGUAUUGUAAUAUUCUGUAUGUUCAGGAGGAGCAGGAGAAGUUUAAACGAGACAUCUUGGAGGAUCCAGCUAGAAGAAUUGUACCCAGUUCCAACUUUGAGCGGGCAAACAUCAUCAGAACCAUAUCGCAUCUCCAGUAACAGACCCUCGGUGUCUUCCACUGAUCUGUCGCAGUUAACCAGUGUGAGGAUGUACAGAGGUAAUAAGGUGGCAAUAAAGAUGGCGCAGAACAAAAGAAUCGACAUUAAUAAAAAGUUUUUAACAGAAAUUGGACAAGUUAAAGAAAUUAAUCAUGAAAAUACAGUGAGAUUUGUAGGAGUUUGCCUGGACUGUGCGAAUCCUUUCAUUAUAAGCGAAUAUUGUCCAAGAGGUAGCUUGAAAGAUGUGUUGGAAAAUAAAGAUUUGAAAUUGGAAUGGAAUUUUCGAAUGUCUUUGGUAAAUGAUAUAGUUAAGGGCAUGAUCUAUCUCCAUCAAUCCGAGAUUUCUGUUCAUGGAAAUUUGCGAUCAUGCAAUUGUUUGAUCGACGGAAGAUUUGUUCUUAAACUAUCUGACUUUGGAUUAAACAUUCUAACCACACCUACUGAAAUUGUAAGGGACAAUGAAUAUUUUAGAAAGUUGAUGUGGGUUGCUCCAGAAUUAAUACCGAUAACUGCGGACUUAAUUCCAGAGCCGAAUCAAAAAGGAGACGUAUACAGUUUUGGAAUAAUACUUGAAGAGAUCAUUUCUCGAGAAGGACCAUUUCAGGUAGCCAGGGAAGUAUUUAACAUUCCUAUUGCAGACAUUAUAUUGAGAGUUGCAAUGAGAGAAAGUCCUCCAUUUCGACCAAUCGUGCAGGUGCUCGAUUGCCCGGAAAAACUCACCGAGCUAAUGCAGAUUUCCUGGAGCGACAUGCCGGAUGACAGACCGACCUUUCCGCAAAUACAAAACCACUUGUACAACUUCAUGAGGGUUUUUGGCGAAAAUAUUAUAGACGAUUUGUUAAUACGCAUGGAACAAUAUGCAAACAAUUUGGAAGCGUUGGUAAACGAAAAAACCGAAGAACUGAGCCAGGAGAAGAAACGAUCCGAAGAGUUGUUGUACCAAGUGCUACCAAGGCCGGUGGCGAAUCAAUUAAUGUUGGGUCAAAUAGUCAAACCGGAGCAAUUCGAAUGCGUCACCAUUUAUUUUAGCGAUAUCGUUGGUUUCACCAGCUUCUGCGCCAGAGCAACUCCCAUGCAAGUGGUCGAUCUCUUGAACGAAUUAUACAGCACUUUUGAUGAAAUAAUAACACGCUACAACGUAUACAAGGUGGAAACAAUAGGAGACGCCUAUAUGGUGGUCUCCGGCCUUCCGCACAGGAACGGCGACAACCACGCCAAAGAAAUAGCGCUGAUGGCUCUGGCCAUUCUGAACAAAGUCAAGGUCUUCACGUUCAAGCAGAUUCCAGAAUUCCAGCUCCAGGUGAGGAUUGGCAUCCAUUCGGGAUCGGUGUGUGCGGGAAUUGUAGGCCAAGUUAUGCCGCAUUACUGCCUCUUCGGCGAUACCGUCAACACGGCUAGCAGAAUGGAAAGCAGUGGGAAGCCUCAGAAAAUUCAUGUUAGCGAGUCGACGAAAAACAUCCUCGAAUCGUUCGGAACGUUCGAUUUGGAAAUCAGAGGUGAAGUAGAAUUAAAGGGGAAAGGUACAAUGACUUCCUACUGGUUGCUGAGAAGUACGGAAUUCAUGGAUUAUUCGUCCUAUAUUAUAGAACCGUCCGUUGCCACUGAAACGGAAUCGGCACCUUAUCCCUUAGUAUUCAUGGGCCAAACGCCUCCUAAUUAA